AAGGAGCAUAGAGUGAGAUUCACAGAGUGAGAUUCACAGGUUUGAAGGAGGAGGGCAGAAGACGCUUGGUUUCGACAUAGCUGCCAAUCUAAUCCAGCCUACAGUUGGUAUCCACCUGUCAGCCUGCUGUGGGGUGCAGUUGAAGCAUGUCUGAAGACUUGGAGCUUCCCUUCCAGCCGGACAACCAGCUGACGGAGGUGAUGCGUUUGAGAGUUCAAUCCCUGCAGCAGCGUGGACAGAAGAGGCAGGACGGUGAACGUCUGCUGCUGCCCAAUGAGGCCGUGUACAGGCUGGACUUCUCCAAACAGUCCCUCCGGUUCUCGCGCUGGACAGUGCAGCUGGCCCAAGCUGGACACCUCACCAUCACGGCCACCUCGCAGCUCUGGACACCAGACCUCACCAACCUGAUGACGCGUCAGCUGCUGGAGCCAGCCGGGGUUUUCUGGAGGGCUCCCACCGACAGCAGAAAUGCACCGGUCAGGUGCUACGAGGCCGACACACACGAGUUUGGUGAGAGGAUCGCAGAGCUGGCUAUGGUGAGGAAGGUGAUGUACUUCUUGUUUGCUUUUGCAGAAGGCUGCAGCCCUGAGACUAUGGACUGCUCCAUCACCUUCAAAGUGGACAGAUGAGACUUGGAAAACAAUCAAAUGCACAAAUCCAUUUUUUAAACUCUCCUUUUUGUGGUUGUGUUCAUUUAGUUUGAAAAGAAAAACUAUUUUACAGUUAGCUGUUUUUUAAUGGAAGGAAACAUCUCUGGACAACCUGUAAAAACAGGACUACACUUUCAGAUCUUCUCUUCCAACUUGUGCAACAAAACUCAUCCAAGAUAUUCUAUUUAUCAUUAAACCUGUUGAUUAUCUUUGUAUGCUAUGAUAUUGGGCAUUA